UCCACGGAGAAAGGUUGUUGUACAUACGAACAAAAAACUAAACUGUCUCUGGCCAUAACUUAUGAAUAUCACUCCCAAUAAUCUGCAGACCUUUCAGUGAGGAGUAGUAAAGAAGCGGUAGAACUUCCUUAUUGGGAGCUGAAACGCGUAGGAUUCGAGAUGAGUCUUCGGUCAUUCACGGCCAGGCCUCAGUCAUUUCUUCGUCUGACCAAAAUCAACUUUGGUGGUUUUUAAGUUGGAAGUGCAGUGUUUUCCCGAGCUUUUUGUUGUCUUUUGUAAAUUUUUCUCAACGUUGCCGAAAUAACCAGAAUUUAGAUACUUCUUAUUCUGGUCGAGUUGCAAUGAGUCAGUUAGUGUACAUAGUGUCGAAAAGUUAGUUUUGUGUGUGAUUUCUUGCCUAUGCACGCCUAACUGGAAAGGUAAAUGACACUCUAAGAUUCAUUUCAUAUUCUUGUAAAACAUGAUUACAACACCAGACAGUUUUCAACAUGAUUUUCAACACAAUAUCUAUCGGACUAGUCAUAGCUUUAAUUCAACAAUUCUGCGUGGGGAUUUAUAUCCCGCCUGGGCCAAGAUACAGGUGUCCUGUUAAAUCUCAGACAAUAUAUCCAUGCAUCUGCUUGAAAGGAUCCGAUAAAGGUCUGUACGUGCGCUGCGAGAAUACUAAUUUGGCAAGCUUGUCUAUUGCUUUGGAAAAUAUCGCUAGCCUGGGAGCUCCUGUUGAGAAUGUGACAAUCUACAAAAGUCAUAUUGAGCGCCUUUAUGGCACACUCUUUUUCAAAGUCAAAGCAAGGACUCUUUACAUAGACGAAACACCGAUAAAAUCCAUAGAUGAACACACCUUUCAUGGGAUCAACAGAACGCUGCAAGAGCUGCAUAUAGUUAAUUCGCAGCUUCUUGAAUUUCCGGGUCUGGCCUUUAAGAUUUUAGGUAAUUUGACAGUAUUAAAUAUUGAUGGUCAUCGCAUCCAGAAAAUAGAAAAAGAUAUUUUGGCGGACAGUCUUCUGGUGCAACGUCUUGAAAAGCUGCACUUUACAAAUGGACCACUCGAUGAUUUGCCUGUUGAAAGUUUUCAGGCUUUGCGGAAGUUGAAAACGUUGGAUUUGCAUGGAAACGCCUUGGUUACGUUGAAAAGGAACCAGUUCAAAAAUCUUCGAGAUGUGGAAGUGUUGGACAUUAGCCAUAAUAACAUUACAAAACUGGAGGCACAGCACAUUGCUGAUUUGACGAAACUAAGUUGGUGCAAUGUAUCCCAUAACGCCCUCACUGAAUUAUCAAGGGGAACCUUUGCCCGUAAUUCGGUCCUCAAAGUAUUGAACAUGGGACAUAACAAAAUUAAAAGAUUAGAUGCGAAUAGCUUCCGUGGAAUGAGAUUUUUAAGGCGACUAUAUUUAAAUGAUAAUGAAAUUACGGAUGUUGGACGUGGGACUUUUGGUUCUGUGACACGGAUCGGAACUAUUGAUCUUGCCAGAAAUUUACUGAAAAAAGUUGACUAUCAGAUGUUUUUCCAAUUGAACUAUGUGGAGAUAAUUGAUGUGUCUCAAAAUAAUAUUACUGAAAUUCAGAAGCAAGCAUUCAAGGACUUGUUCUUAACGAAAAUUAAUAUUUCACAUAAUCGAGUAGAGAAAAUUGCAAACUUUGCCUUCGAAAAUUGUGCUAAUAUUACAUUGUUGGAUUUGUCGUACAAUGAGAUUAGGAAAUUGGAAAGGGACGUAUUUGACUCAACGACCUAUGCCACAGAGCUGCAGUUUUCGUUCAACUAUUUCACUGAUAUGUCCCAAAUUCCUCUGCACAAUAUGACUGGCCUAAAAAUACUCAACGUCUCCCAUAACAUGAUAGAAGCAAUUCCCAAAAAUACCUUCCCAAAACUCUACGAGCUGCACACUAUCGACGUUUCCCAUAACAAUCUCACAACUAUCGCGAAUGCUAUUUUCCAAAACUUAUUUUCCCUCCGCCAACUGAAUUUAAGUCAUAAUUUGCUGGAGGAAAUCAAGUCCUCAACAUUUGGUACUCUGCCGACCCUAUUCGAGCUAGAUUUGAGCAAUAAUCGACUGAAAUCGAUUGUCAGAGGAGCCAUGGCGAAACUUACGAGCCUGCGAUAUAUGACUCUGCGGAACAAUAUGCUGGAGAAACUUUUCCAAAUUCCGAUAUCCUUGCUUCGCCUCGAUUUGAGUAAUAAUUGGUUGCAAGAGAUUCCUGAUAAAACUUGGCCUCGAAUGAAUUCACUUCUUUCCUUGGAUUUGAGCGGGAAUAGGUUGGCGAAUAACUUGAGAGGUGGAAGUUUUUCGGGACUUUUGGUUCUGCAAAGUUUAAAGUUGAACGCCAAUGGGAUUAUGAACGUUCCGUUGGAGAGUCUUACGGAUAUAUCGACGCUACAGUAUAUUUAUUUAGAGAACAAUAAUAUAACGAAAUUAGCCAAGUCUGCUUUUGGGAACCUACCUAGUGUAUUUGAAGUGAACUUGUAUAACAACAAUAUUAAUAACAUCAGUGUGCGAGCCUUUGAUGGUCUCCUGCAGUUAUUGACACUAAACUUAUCAGCAAAUGCCUUGAAGACAAUACCAAAUGGAGCAUUUACUGGAAUGGUGUCCUUGAAAAAGUUGGAUUUAUCUCACAAUUUGCUCGAAAAGUUAGAUAACAAGACGCAUGGUGUGCUGGAUGAUUGUUUGAGUUUGGAAAUGGUGAGCCUCAGCCACAACAAGAUUAGUUUCGUGACUAGGAAGACAUUCCCAUCUACACCCUAUAUCCCGUUCAAGUUGAAGGAAAUUGAUUUGAGUUAUAACGCUAUGCCUGUUCUAACUUAUGAUCUUACGUUCGGCACGAAGAAGGUUGAGAAACUGAAUGUGUCUCAUAAUUACAUUAACGAUAUUAGAAGAGGCGUCCUGGGCAACCUUACUGCGCUCCGAGUAUUGGACUUAUCCGGAAAUGACUUAACAGACUUAACAAUUGAAAAGGACGUUUUCCAUUUACCUGAAAACAUAUCGGAAAUUUAUUUUCAAAAUAACAGAAUCGUGAAACUACCAUACAAAGAAUUAGUGAAGCCGGCGAAUAUCACCAGGGUUGACCUUCGUGGUAAUCAAAUUGAAAAAUUCCCUAUGGAAUUAACAGAGAAAGUGAAAGAAAGGAAAGAGGUCCUGUUUGAAGGAAAUCCGUUGGACUGCACGUGUGAAAUACGCCCAAUCAAACACUUUUUGCAGACUUUGACGCUGCCACCCCCUGAGUUUGCUAAUUUGGAAUGCUUCACUCCCGUUCAUAUUUCGGGACAAUUAUUGACUCAGGUUCCAGAUGAUCAACUUCACUGCGUGACAGGGGUGAAUGCAACUGGACCUGUUGGAGAGGAUUAUGAUAUUUUGCCUGAUUUGCGGUUUAGAGAGAUUACUUAUCAUAAAGGAAAGCUCUCCCUACGUUGGUACGUUACAACCACAUCAGAUGUGGCUGAUUUUUAUGUUAAUAUCCGCGACAAGAGAAAUGCUAUCUAUUUUGAUCAACAUUUAUCCUACACAACACGCCGCGCGGAAAUUGAGGGUAUUCAUAUUCAGAGUGCCAUAUUGAAAUCGGAUUUCGUGCAAGCUUGCGUGUUGGCAAAAAAUAGUGUGGGAGUGAUUGGACGAUGGUUUGAAUCUCAAUGUAUCCGGAUUCCUGAGGACUUCCAUAGUGUGAUUAGUAAAUAUGACGAAGAUUAUAAUGCUGUCUACACGAUUAUGGCUCCGGUGAAGCAUCAGUCUUCGUACCUUGCCAGCGGUUCAACGAGGGAACAAAUGGCCGGGAUUGUGAUUGCAUUUGGAUUAUUUUUAAGUUUGCAUAGAUCACUAUUUGCUUGAAUUAAUAUUUUGUAUAUUGCUAUGUUAUUUUUGAUGAUUUUUGUUUGAAAUAAAACAUUUAAUAUUAAGAAGAAUGAUUAGAAUAUAC